UAAUAAUAAAACGGUUCUGGUUGAGCAUAUUCUUAUUAAACGAAACAGAAUUUCUGGUUAUCAUAACAAGAUUUUACAGCUUAUAACUACACCGUUUGGUUAACUGUACUAUAAGGAUUUGAUUAAGUUUUUCUUGUUGGAUCUACAAAACUUCUUGUUGAAUCUACAAAAUAAUACAAAACUUCUUGUUAUAUUUACAAAAAUAGCGAUAAUGCUGGCGCCUUCGUUCUCGCAGCGCAAGUCGGUGCAUGCCAAUCUCGCGCAAAUCAACGCGGUAUCGAUGCGAUACUAAUAUCACGCGGUACCCAUAAGGUAGCUUUUAUAUUUGUUUCGUGUAUCUUACAAUCGUGUAUUUACAUUAUUCUGUUCAACGGCAUGGCGGACGAAAAAAUGUCUUCUCUUCUGCGCGAAUGGAAUUUCGACAGCUAUAUAGAGAUUUUUAGAGGUUAGUAAAAUAUAUGUAAAAUAUAUGCAGUGUACUUUAAACCAAGAUAUAUUGUUAUUAUUUUAAAAACUCUAUCCAAACUCGUUUUUUAACCAAAAAAUUGUGUUAACCUAAUAAAACAAUAUAAUAAGAUUAACAAGAAAUUUUUGUAGAGUUUUGUAAACCUAACAAAACGAUGUAGUAAGAUUAACAAGAAAUUCUGGUAGAUUCAAACAGAAUGGAAUUAACCAGAAUCCUCUGGUAAUUCCAACUACAAAAUUUGUAUCGUUCAUUUUCGAACAAACGGACAGGUUGAAUCAACCAAAAUUUCUCAUAAAACAACAAAACUUUUUUUCCAGUGUAGGAAUUGUUUUUCAGAUUGCUAAAGGUAAACCACCUGUAGUAGGAUAUGUUCCGUUUGGCCCUGCACCAUGGCUCAAAGAUUACAUUGGUGGUCCAAAUUAUCCGUCUGUUCGACCAUUUCUAACAAGCAUGAUAAAACCCGUAAAUUUAUGGCAAAGAACAUGGAAUGUUUUAUAUUACAUUUCAAGUGAUGUCUUACGACAUUACUAUUAUUUUCCAACUCUUCAACAGUUUGCUGAGAAAUUUGUAGGUCACGCGAUCAGAUCAUUACAUGAAAUAGAAAUAGACAGAAUUAAUAUUUUAUUACUUAAUACUCAUGCUGCAUUUUCGUCUGGAAUUCCCUUACCACCAAACACUAUGGAAAUUGCAGGAUUGAAUGUCCAGGCCGUACAACCAAUUUCUGGUGAGGUAGUUGAAUCGCUUCCCGAGGAUAUACGUGUAUUUCUUGAUGGAGCAAACAAUGGAGCUAUCGUAAUAUAUUUAGGAACAAAUGUAAAAUGGAAAACUAUUGGGUUAGACAAAAUCAAGGCCGUUAUGCAGGCUUUAUCGAAAUUGAAGCAACGAGUACUAUGGAAAUUGGAGAUUGAAGUGCCAUUUCAAAUACCGAACAAUACAAUGAUUGUGAAAUGGAUGCCACAAAGCAAAGUUUUAACUCAUAAAAAUAUAAGAACAAUUUGGACGCAUGGUGGUCUUCUCAGUACGCACGAAGCCAUAUGGCAUGGUGUACCGAUAAUUGUAAUGCCUUUCUUCAUGGAUCAAAAAUCCAAUACACAAAUAUUAUUAUCUAAAGGCAUUGCCGUGUAUCUGGAUUUUAACACUUUGUCUAUGCAAACUAUAUUAGACGCAGUUGAAGAAAUACUUUACAAUGAAAGUUAUAUGAAAAACAUAAAACAAUUAUCUAGUGAAUUCCGAGAUCGGCCAGUACCGCCAUUAGAUUUAGCAGUUUGGGGUAUCGAAUACUCUGUUCGUCAUCCAAAUGGAAGCUUAGCAACACCUCUUAGAUCUCAGAGUUGGGUGGAACAAAAUCUGAUCGACGUUUAUGCAUUUUUAUUUCUUAAUUUUAGUAUAAUAUUAUUAACUAUAUUCUUUGUAAUAAAAAUACUGAUUAGUUUUUUUUGUAAUCAAAUAUACGCAUUAAAAUUGCGUAAAAGCAAACAGGCAUAAGCGAAUUAAAUAUUAACAGAUUUUGGAUGUAAUUACGGCUAUUCAUAUUAAUUAAUCUAAAAAAUGAAAAUUAAUGAACAAAUUUAGAAAAUAUAAUAUUAAUUGUACAAA